UGGCGCUUCCCUGCGCGUGAGUCCCCUCCCGCGAUCCGAUCCGAGCCCGGCUCAGCACCAGCCAGAAGUUGGCGGCUGGACGAGGACUGCGAUGUGCCGGGCCUAGCUGCUGUCUGAGAGGAUGUCUGGGGUGUCCGAGCCCCUGGGCCGAGUAAAGGUGGGCACAUUAUGUCGGCCAGAAGGCCCCCCAGAGCCCAUGGUGGUGGCGCCAGUAGAUGUGGAAAAAGAAGACGUGCGGAUCCUCAAGGUCUGCUUCUACAGCAACAGCUUCAACCCUGGGAAGAACUUCAAACUGGUUAAAUGCACUGUGCAGACUGAGAUCCGGGAGGUCAUUGCCUCCAUCCUGCUGAGCGGGCGGAUCGGGCCCAACAUCCAGCUGGCUGAGUGCUAUGGGCUGAGGCUGAAGCAUAUGAAGUCUGAUGAGAUCCACUGGCUGCACCCACAGAUGACUGUGGGUGAGGUGCAGGACAAAUAUGAAUGUCUACACGUGGAGGCUGAGUGGAGGUAUGACCUUCAAAUCCGCUACUUGCCAGAGGACUUCAUGGAGAGCUUGAAGAAGGACAGGACCACGCUGCUUUAUUUUUAUCAACAGCUCCGGAGCGACUACAUGCAACGCUACGCCAGCAAGGUCAGCGAGGGCAUGGCCCUGCAGCUGGGCUGCCUGGAGCUCAGGCGGUUCUUCAAGGACAUGCCCCACAACGCACUUGACAAAAAGUCCAACUUCGAGCUCCUGGAGAAGGAAGUAGGGCUUGACCUGUUUUUCCCAAAGCAGAUGCAGGAGAACUUAAAGCCCAAGCAGUUCCGGAAGAUGAUCCAGCAGACAUUCCAGCAGUAUGCCUCGCUCAGGGAGGAGGAGUGCGUCAUGAAGUUCUUCAACACUCUUGCCGGCUUUGCCAACAUUGACCAGGAGACCUAUCGCUGUGAACUCAUUCAAGGAUGGAACAUCACUGUGGACCUGGUCAUUGGCCCUAAAGGCAUCCGCCAGCUGACAAGUCAAGAUGCAAAGCCCACCUGCCUGGCUGAGUUCAAGCAGAUCAAGUCCAUCAGGUGCGUCCUGCUGGAGGAGGGCCAGGCAGUAUUGCAGUUGGACAUCGAAGGUGCCCCCCAGUCCUUGUCCAUCAAAACCUCCUCUCUGGCAGAAGCCGAGAACAUGGCUGACCUCAUAGAUGGUUACAGCCGGCUGCAGGUGGAGAACAGAGCCUCUCUCAUCAUUCAUCCCAAGAAAGAUGGUGAGAAGCGGAACAGCCUGCCCCAGAUCCCUGUGCUAAGCCUGGAGGCUCGGCGGUCCCAGCUCUCAGAAAGCUGCAGCAUAGAAUCAGACAUCUACGCUGAGAUUCCUGACGAGACUCUGCGAAGGCCAGGAGGCUCACAGUAUGGCAUCGCCCGGGAAGAUGUGGUUCUGAACUGUAUUCUUGGGGAAGGCUUUUUUGGGGAGGUCUACGAAGGUGUCUACACAAACCAUAAAGGGGAGAAAAUCAACGUAGCUGUGAAGACCUGCAAGAAAGACUGCACCCAGGACAACAAGGAGAAGUUCAUGAGUGAGGCAGUGAUCAUGAAGAAUCUGGACCACCCGCAUAUUGUGAAGCUGAUAGGCAUCAUCGAAGAGGAGCCCACCUGGAUCAUAAUGGAACUGUAUUCCUAUGGGGAGCUGGGCCACUACCUGGAGCGGAACAAGAACUCCCUGAAGGUGCUCACUCUCGUCCUGUACGCGCUGCAGAUUUGUAAGGCCAUGGCCUACCUGGAGAGCAUCAACUGUGUCCACAGGGACAUUGCUGUCCGAAACAUCCUGGUGGCCUCCACCGAGUGUGUGAAGCUGGGGGACUUCGGCCUCUCCCGCUACAUUGAGGAUGAAGACUACUACAAAGCCUCUGUGACUCGUCUACCCAUCAAGUGGAUGUCACCUGAGUCUAUUAACUUCCGCCGCUUCACCACGGCCAGUGACGUCUGGAUGUUUGCUGUGUGCAUGUGGGAGAUCCUGAGCUUUGGCAAGCAGCCCUUCUUCUGGCUGGAAAACAAGGAUGUCAUCGGGGUGCUCGAGAAGGGCGACCGGCUGCCCAAGCCUGACCUCUGCCCGCCUGUUCUCUACACCCUUAUGACCCGAUGCUGGGACUAUGACCCCAGUGAGCGGCCCCGCUUCACCGAGCUUGCGUGCAGCCUCAGUGACAUUUAUCAGAUGGAGAAGGACAUCGCUAUAGAGCAGGAGAGGAAUGCUCGCUACCGACCUCCCAAAAUCUUGGAACCCGUAGCCUUCCAGGAUCCCCCACCCAAGCCCAGCAGACCCAAGUACAGACCCCCUCCACAAACCAAUCUUCUGGCACCCAAGCUGCAAUUCCAGGUCCCUGAGGGUCUGUGUGCCAGCUCACCUACGCUCACCAGCCCUAUGGAGUAUCCAUCUCCUGUAAACUCGCUGCACACCCCACCUCUCCACCGGCACAAUGUCUUCAAGCGCCACAGCAUGCGGGAGGAGGACUUCGUCCAACCCAGCAGCCGAGAGGAGGCCCAGCAGCUAUGGGAGGCUGAGAGGCUCAAGAUGCGGCAGAUCCUGGACAAGCAGCAGAGGCAGAUGGUGGAAGAUUACCAGUGGCUGAGGCAGGAGGAGAAAUCCUUGGACCCCAUGGUUCAUAUGAAUGACAAGUCCCCGUUGACCCCAGAGAAGGAGGCUGGCUACACGGAGUUCACGGGUCCCCCACAGAAGCCACCGCGGCUGUGUGCACAGUCUAUCCAGCCCACAGCCAACCUGGAUCGGACCGACGACAUGGUGUACCUCAAUGUCAUGGAGCUGGUGCGGGCUGUGCUGGAACUCAAGAAUGAGCUCUGUCAGCUGCCCCCCGAGGCCUAUGUGGUGGUGGUGAAGAACGUGGGCCUGACCCUCCGGAAGCUCAUCGGGAGUGUGGACAAUAUCCUGCCUUCCUUGCCAUUGUCUUCACGGACGGAGAUUGAAGGGACCCAGAAACUGCUCAACAAGGACCUGGCAGAGCUCAUCAAUAAGAUGCGACUGGCCCAGCAAAAUGCCGUGACCUCCCUGAGCGAGGAGUGCAAGCGACAGAUGCUCACGGCCUCCCAUACCCUGGCCGUGGACGCCAAGAACCUGCUCGAUGCCGUGGACCAGGCCAAGGUUCUGGCCAAUCUGGCUCACCCACCUGCAGAGUGAUAGAGGGUGGGCGCCACCUGCCUGCGUCUUCGCCCCCGCCUGUCGCCUCUCGUGUACCUCCCUUGCCCCUGGCCCUGCCCUGCCUUCGGUCAUAUGGGUCUUCUCAGGGGGAAGGCCGAGGGGAGUCCUUCCCUUGCCACUUUGCACGAGCCCCUCUCCCUACCCGACCCCAAGACUGUGCUGCUCAGGCCACAGCUGGACAGAG